AUGGAUGGGCCCAACCACGGGCUCCACGGGGCAGACUGGUCUACAUCAGAACAUUGUGAAUCAGGGCCUUCAACAAGCUGUUCUGCUGCUCAACCGCAAUCAAUCGAUGAAUCCUCCAAUGCCGCUCUACACAAAUAUAAGUAUUUGGAAGACCUAUUUCCCAAUGAUAAUUCGCUGGAGGAUACCUUGAACUUCACCUCUCGGGGUCCAGGCGCACCCUGGGACGACCAUGACUCCUUUCUUCCCCAGGGCGCCUGGAGGCCGCCGGAGCCGUGCACGUACUGCCGCCGCAUGCGCCUGCAAUGCUUCUCACUGCAGACCACAGAUGCCAAUCCAAACCCAGUCACCUCCUGCUCCAGCUGCGUAGCUCUUUUCCGGCAAUGCAGUCUCGCAGAACGACACAAGCGGCAGCCGCACCACUACGAGACAAAUCGGCCGGUGAUUGACCAGUUACACGGUAUCAGGGAGGACGACUUCUUUCUUGGUGGGAGCACCGACUGUGUUGAUUUCGGCGAAUCUGAAGUAGUUUCACUGCAUAUCAACAACGAGUCACCUAGGCCAUCGUCAAGGCAGGCGAACGAGAGAGCUGGUACUCAUUCUCGCUCCGUCAAGCGAACACGGCCGUUGAGAGAAUGGCUGGCGUGCAAUGCCGCCAAUCCAUAUCCAACAAAGGCAGAAAAGGCCGACCUGGAGAAGCAGACCGGUCUGACAAAAACUCAAAUUAACAACUGGUUUCUCAAUGCCCGACGGCGGCAGCGUCAUUCAGACAAGGUUGUCGCUCAACGCAAGACCUUCUUACCACAGGGAUCACCAAUGCCUAGUUCUUCCCCAUUGAGCAUGAUGUCCCCACUGGAUCGCUGGCGAUGUUCGCCGCCGGAGGACGAGCCCAUAACGAUAUCUCCUGCCUUGCUGGAGACCGCAUUUAAUGACAGCUUCUAUGCGGACUCAACGCCAGUCAGUGCAAAUGGCUACGCAUCGUCGUCUAUCAGCGGAGACUCUUGGCUUCACAGUCAACCCCAGUCGUUAUAUACUUCCUCAAAUCCAGAUUCGACGAGCGGUUACUGCCAUUCAAAUGACAGUAACUCCAACCUCUACAGUCUGGGUACAAGCAAUGACGCCUUCACCCUGCCUCCCAGAGCUUCGACUAACCAAGCCCCCACUGCCAUAUCCAACCAAAGCUUUCAGUGCACCUUUUGCUCUCGGAAGUUUAAGAAACGAUUCGACUGGAGACGCCACGAGCUAAGCGUGCACAUGCCCAAACUCGACUCCUGGGUCUGUGCGGUCCCUCUAGCCCCGAACGAAUCUUUCCUGAUCUGGCGCACUGGCCAAGAUAGUCCGGAGUGCAUAUUCUGUGGCCACGCAUCACCUACUGAGGACCACUUUCAAUCGCACGAAUUCGAGAAUUGUUCCCAAGGCCCCGCUAGUGGGCGAGUAUUCAGCCGCAAGGACCACUUGUGGCAGCACCUGUACAAGUUCCAUGGCUGUCGCAAGUGGGACGGGUGGGCACCGGAUUUGGGGUCUCUGAAGAAGAACUCUGAUGCCGUUAACAGCCGCUGUGGAUUCUGUGGCGUGGCUCUUCUUAGUUGGAAAGAGAGGGAGCAGCAUAUGGCAGAUCAUUUCCUCCAGGGGUUGACAAUGGCCAGCUGGACGGGGGGUGACAAUGGGGGAGUGGAAGCAGUCACGUAG